CACAGCCAUCCAAUGCGCGUCCCUGGACGCGUACCGACGUUAUUGAACCGGUUCUCGCGUGUUAUUUACCUCGGCUUCCAAAAAAGCUCCAAAUCACAUCCGUAAUGCCACCCAAGGCACACCCAAUAGCCGAACCAUCCGAUCUCCCAAUUCACCCCUUUAGAUCAGCCGCUGAAUUUGAACAUUUUCUGGAGCGGGAGCAUUCCACAUCUCCAGGGAUCUACGUGAAACUGGCCAAGAAGUCUUCCGGUAUUCCAUCUGUGUCUCGCGAUGAAGCUGUGGAGACGGCGUUAUGUUUCGGAUGGAUCGAUGGUCGUGCGCAUGCGUAUGAUGAGGACUGGUGGCUGGUACGAUAUACCCCACGACGUGCAAAGAGCAUCUGGUCCAAGAAGAACGUGAUGACCGUAGAAUUAUUGUUAAACGCCGGUCGUAUGCGGCCAGCCGGGUUGGCCGUGGUGGAAGCUGCACAGGCGGACGGUCGCUGGGCUCGUGCAUACGAUGGCCCCGCCACUAUCACGGUGCCGCACGAUCUAGCAGCUGCACUGACACAGACGCCAGAAGCCGCAACUUUCUUUGAAGGGUUGAAUCGGUCAGACAGGUACUCGGUCUUGGUUCAACUUCAGUGGGCUGCUCCGCAGCGCCGAGCGAAGCGCAUCGGGACAUUGGUCCAAAUGCUAGCAGAGGGUAAAACGCCAGGAGUGUCAGUCAAGUCAGCCAAAGCGAGUAAACGGAAAUCUGUGGAUAGGAACCACGACCAGGAUGGACGUCGGAAAACAUCGAAAAAGACCUGACCCGACGCCUAGUCUACGAGAUCGAUAGAAAAGCCAACAUGAGGCUUCAUAUCAACCCAACGCAGGGUACUAAUAUAAAUGCUAUGCAGUGAUUUGGGAAGCAUAGAUCACUAGAAUGCGCUGGCAUCAUCCCCUUUGGCCAUGACCAGGUUGCUAGACUUGUGAGGGCGGGAAGGUCUCGAUUCACCUUUGUCAGCUUAAUGAGAUGAUGAUGUUAGUACCAAUUCUGGGGCUGCAUAUAAUAUGCGAAGAAUAUAAAGCAACGUCUGGGUUCCAAUAGAUGCAUUCAGUACAAG